AUGGCCUCAGCCUGGUCUAUCAUCGCCUUGCUCAGCGUGGCCUACUUUCGAUUCGCCGAAGCCUCCUCGAGUCAAUUCGUGUGUCCUAGUGGAGACGGCCAGACCUUCACGGACGAUGGAGGCACCCAGUACGUUCUACAUUGCUCAAGCGAUUCGAGCUCCGCCGGCAAUCUCGGAACUACCUCUGCCACCGCCGGUGCUACUGAUUGCUUGACUGCAUGCGACGCCAAUACUCAAUGCACGGGCUAUACAUACAGCGGUGGAGCAAAUGGUGUCGGAGCAGGUACAUGUUACCUUAAAAAGGGGUACCAGACACUGAGGUCCGGCGCCAGCGGUGUGAUCACCUUCCUCAACCCCAGGACUGCCAUCCAACCCCCCUACUACGGACCGCAAUAUACUUGUCCGACUCACAACAACACCCUCGUUACGGACCAAUUCGGUCUGCAAUAUAUCAUCCUCUGCGGCUCCAACACCAAUUAUGGCAACUACCAAUCGAUCAGCACCGCCAUUGGUUUCGACGACUGCUUCUCCUCAUGCUCUAACCACAGCGCCUACCCAACCGUCCAAGGCCCUGGUGGCUGCGACGCGUUCGUCUACUUCGGCGCGGCCAACGGUGUCGGAAGCGGGGCAUGCCAGCUGAUCUCGGGCGCCGCCCCGAUUAUACAGGGCGGCACCUCCAACCAGAAUACCCUCGUCGCCGCCAUCCUCUUCGUUUCUUACAGCGGACCCGCGCCCACCGCGACGGCCUCCUCCGUCACCUUUCCCCCUGCCAGUUCGGCCGCCGGCGGGGCGAGUAGUGUGAUUGGACCAGUGGUCACGCAGAUUGUGACUGCGACUGCGACUACGAUUGUGCCGUUGCUGCCGGCUGUCACUUAUACCGUGACCUACACGACAUCACGCUGA